AUGGCUAACCUCAAACCACCCUUUACACAGGAGACUGCGCAACAAAAGGUCAAAGCAGCGCAGGACAUGUGGAACACACAAGACCCCACCCAAGUCGCUCGGGGAUACACCGCAACGUGUAUCUGGCGUAAUCGAGACACCUUCUUAACGGGGGCAGAGGCCAUCGUCGCAUUCCUGACUGCCAAAUGGAAGCGUGAGCGGAAUUACCGACUCCGCAAGGAACUCUUUGCUUUCCAGGAUGAUCGCAUCGCUGUACAGUUUUGGUAUGAGUGCCAGGAUGCAGAGAAUGAGAUGCGUUGGAAGCGAUGUUAUGGACUAGAAGAUUGGACUUUCGAUCGGGAGACAGGGAAGAUGCGCAAGCGGAUGAUGAGUGGGAAUGAUGUUUUAAUCGGCCCUGACGGGAAUGGUGAGGGGCGAUGGUUUACAGAUGGGGUGGAUGUCAAUGAUGUGCCUAUCAGUGAGCAGCAUUGGUGA